GCUUAUGUAAACACAGGUGGAAAAUGUGCGCUGACUUGCAAACAAAACAACUACAAAAGCAGGCAGAAUUUUUUGUGUGAAUUUAACACAAUCUAGCCACAGACGGGGUUGCGGAAGUAGCUGACAUCAUUAUUUAUACAAACUUUGGAAAAGAGCAGUUAGCAUUGUAGCAAAACUGCACGCUAAACUGUACAUUAUGCUAUGUUUAUACAUACAGUAACGUUAGGCAGCUUGCAUAUGCAACAAUGUGUGCAAAAUUUGAUUAUUUAUGAGUACUUAAUUCACAAGAGGCGAAUAUUCUGCAUUAUACUAGUUAACGGUCACCGGUUGUGUUGAGUUAGUUGGAUAAGAUAUUUCACAACAUUACAGUCGCUGCAAAGUCUGUAUUUAAGAGAGGAAAGAUUUAGUUUUACCCGCAUCCGAUCAGAUGAUUUUUUUGAAGAUAAUUCCGCUCAGGUUUAUGGUAGUUAGUGUAAUUUAGAUGUUGUAUCUUCCUCCAUGUGGGCGCUCCCGGCUCGACGCGCGCAGCGCCACCACGCGGGCAUCCGCACCAGUAAGAACAGCUGCAAUCUCCUGUACUCAAGAUCAAAUGGCACCUCUUCCAAUGACAUUGGCAAAUUACUUGGGUCAAAUCUCAAGAUACUUAGAAAUAUUAUGCUUCAGGAUGACACAGAAUUUAUAAAGGUUUGGAGCAAGACCUCCAAGUCCCUCGUUUUUUAUGAAAGUGGAUGGAUAUACUUUGACAAUUACAGGUGUUGUUACAGCAGCCUUUUGCCUCAGCCAGAACUUCUGUAUAGGCUCCCCAAAACAGAAAAGAUUGAAGAUGCAUUGUUGUGCCAGUGUCCUCUGGACACUGUUUUGCCAAAAGCAUCAGACCAGAAGCCAUUUCUUUUGGCUCUAACAAAAGACUGGUUAUAUCGGCUCUCAGCAGAAACGGGGAAAACCCUAGAGCACGUCUACCUCUCCUCUCAUUUGAAAUUCAGAUCUUUGGGUUGGGACUCCUGCCAGGAGACUUUCUAUGUCAAAUCCACUCAAAACAAACAGACAGUUCUGGAACGACAGGCAUGUGUUGAUAAUGACAUCCUCAUGCGCCUAGCCAUAUUUCAAGUCUUUCCUCUGGAUUUUGUGGGAAUGUUGGAGAUUAGUAAAAAAAUCUUUGGGAAAACAGCUGUGGAUGUCCUGCUGUCACAGGGAGUGUUGGCUAUAUCACACAGCUCCAAACACGUCAAGCUUUACAGUUUCGAGUACAUUCUUGAGAAGUUUAGAGUUGAGAAACUGUCGCUGGGACAGCAGUGUGACAUAAACGGCGUGAAAGGGAUCGUGGGAGAAGCUCCCUUUGGCAUUCCAGUCAACAUUCACAUUCAUGAAUGUCCUCCUGUUUUGUUUGAGAUGUCAUACUUGGAGAGCGGGGUUCAGAUUGGAGGUCAUCCCUGGCACUACAUCUACACCCCUAACCAUAAGAGACACACAGGAACCCAUCAUAUCUGCUCUAUCACAGAUGGAACGCUGGCAAAAAACGGUGUCCAAGAGAUGAGGUUUGACUCUUUGGAGGCCGACUGGAUCUUUUUUCACCCAGAUGACUCCGGGAGGAUUGUUCAUGCUGGGCCCAGCACAAUAAAUGUUCUAAAGAUCAUGGCCGACCCAGGAUGUGACUGGAAAUAUGAGAUAGUUGCAGACUUCUCUAUCACUGCAGCUCGUGACAAUAAUGUCCCUGCGGUGACCGUGACCUCUUCUGGACGCACAGUGAGGAGGAGAUUCCAACUUCUAGAUGAUGACCCUGGACAAGAGACAUUCAGGAUGGUCAAAUAUGAAGAUGAAAUCGAUCUGUUGGCUGUGGUAGAAAUCACUGACACUGAGAAUGAAGGGCAGGCCCAUCUUCGUCUCCAUGACAACAAGAAUGGGCUUCUAAUGAAGAGAGUUCCCCUAAAAGAACCCUGGGAUGUGACUUACAGUCACGAGGUGUACUUUGAUAGAGACACUAUUAUUCACACCGUCCAAGAUAAGAGCAACACUUUCAGCUGCCAUGUUUAUAAAAUGAAAAGGCGUUCAGAUGAAUCUUGAGUUCAAUUUGUAUUGAUCUCUAGAUGACUGUACUGCAUAUGGUACUAUAUUAUAAAUGGUUUAUUUUUCUGUGUUUUGAAAUGAAGCUGUUUCUGUGACCAUUAUAUAUUUUUCUUAAAAUUACACUUUUUUUUUAAAUUAUAAAAUGGUAUUAUACUGUUUUGUGGAAAAGGUCACCGCAGGACAAUUUGAGAAAAAAAUAUUUAAAUAAAUGAAAUAUUGUCAUGCUUCCAUUUUGAUUUCAGA